AUGUCGUCCUCUGCUUUCGAAUCAAACGCACUCUUCCGGGUUGACGGUAUUGUGGCCGUAAUCACUGGAGGAGGCUCUGGUAUCGGUCUCACAAUGGCCCGUGCCCUCGCCUUCAACGGUGCCCGGAAAGUAUACAUUUUGGGUCGCCGCCUUGAGGUGCUUAAGGAUGCAGCCAAGGAGCAUGAGUGUAUAUCACCCGUUCAGUGUGAUGUGACCUCCAAGAAGGAUCUCCAAGCCGCUGUCGACCACAUCGCCAAUGAUAUUGGCUAUGUCAACCUUGUGGUUGCCAACUCGGGUAGUAUCGGUCCUGCAGUUCGCUUCAACCCAAGCCACUCUGUCUCAGAACUUCGCGAGACCCUCUUCACCAACUUCAACCCCGACGACAUGAACGACACUCUGAAUCUUAAUGUUACCGCGGCGUUCUUCACCAUGACAGCAUUUGUUGAGCUUCUCGAUGCAGGAAACAAGAAGGCAUUGGAAGGUGGAUGGGGGAAGCCCAAGGAAGGCAGCGUGGUCCCACUGAUCCAGAGUCAGGUCAUCUUCACGACUAGUGUGUCAGCAUUCAGCAGGCAUUGGUCAUCAUCGCCUCCAUACCUUACCAGUAAGGUAGCCAUUAUGCAGGUGGCCAAGCACGCCAGCACUCAGUUAGCUCAGUAUGGCAUCCGCGUGAACGCUAUUGCGCCUGGACUUUACCCCUCUGACCUCGCUUCCGUCCUUAUCAACAGCCCCGGUCCGGAAGCUACUCUAACGGCUUGA